AAGUUAUACAUGUUUAUGACUUCUUUGUUUCAGACACAGUGAACUUUUUAGGAAUCAGUAUAGUAGGCCAGUCAAAUAAAGGAGGAGAUGGAGGAAUAUAUGUAGGUUCCAUUAUGAAAGGUGGUGCUGUGGCUUUGGAUGGAAGGAUUGAACCAGGAGAUAUGAUUCUACAAGUAAAUGACAUCAACUUUGAAAAUAUGAGUAAUGAUGAUGCUGUGAGAGUUUUGCGAGAAGCUGUACAGAAACCUGGGCCUAUCAAACUGGUUGUAGCUAAAUGCUGGAACCCAAACCCUAAAGGGUACUUCACAGUACCUCGCUUGGAACCUGUAAGACCCAUUGAUCCUGGUGCCUGGGUUGCUCAUACCGAAGCAGUGAGAGUCACUGCAGGAGCUGACUAUCUACUCCGACCUCCAUCGGUUAAUACAUUGACCUCCGCUAGCUCAUCUAUCACCAGUUCUAUACCUGAAGCAGAAUGCCAUUUUCAAGAAACUCCUCUUACACUGGAAACAGACAUGCCUACUGUUGUGAAGGCUAUGGCUGCUCCAGACUCUGGUUUGGAUAUUCGCGACCGCAUGUGGCUGAAAAUAACUAUUCCUAAAGCUUUUAUUGGUAAGUUAGUUGUGAGAAAGUAAGGGUACUGUUAGUUA